UUAGAGGCUAUGGUUAAGAGCCGCCGGUACAAAGCACAUUGGAUUCCCCCGCCAAGUGCAAGCUAUUUUCGCUGUCUACGAAUCGAGUGAAUUAAUAUCAAAACUAUUCUUGUACAUUUGAAAGAAUACGAUGUCAGAUUCAGAACAAGAGAGCUUCGAUGACGAGCCUAUGGAACAGCCGCCAUACCCAGGGCCAUCAGUUCUUCUCAAGUUACCACCUAAAUCUGCAGCUGUCAAAGAGGAAGAAAAUGUGGAUUUUGAAGCAAAGCUGCAACAGGAUCGCAGCAAUCGUUUCAACUUCCUACUGCAGCAGACAGAGUUAUUUGCUCAUUUUAUGGCAACAGGAGCAUCAGCAGGUGGUGGAGGACCCACCAGCCCACUAAAAAUGAAGCCUGGAAGACCACGUAUAAAAAAGAUGGAUGAGAAGUCUAAAUUAGUGGCUGCUGGAGAAUGUGUACCAAAGCUGACAAAUGUAUUUGAGUCUGGGUGCUCUGUUUCCAGUCAUCGGCACCGACGAACUGAGCAGGAAGAAGAUGAAGAACUGCUUUCAGAGAGUCGUAAAUCCCGGAAUGUCCUCACACGAUUUGAGGCCUCCCCUUCGUAUGUGAAAGGAGGAGAGAUGCGAGACUAUCAGGUUCGUGGUUUGAACUGGAUGAUUUCACUUUAUGAAAAUGGUAUCAAUGGCAUCUUGGCUGAUGAGAUGGGUUUAGGCAAGACGCUUCAGACUAUAUCUCUGCUGGGUUACAUGAAGCAUUACCGUAAUAUCCCAUCUCCACACUUGGUUAUUUGUCCUAAAUCCACUCUUGCCAACUGGAUGGCUGAAUUUCAACGCUGGGUGCCCACAAUGCGUGCUGUGUGUCUCACUGGUGAUGCUGCAGAAAGAGCCAAUUUCAUUCGUGAUGUUCUCAUGCCUGGAGAGUGGGAUGUGUGCAUAACAUCCUAUGAAAUGUGUAUCAGAGAAAAAACUGUCUUCAAAAAAUUCAACUGGCGCUACAUUGUCAUCGACGAGGCUCACCGCAUCAAAAAUGAGAAAUCUAAGUUAUCAGAAAUUGUGCGUGAAUUCAAGUCCACAAAUCGGUUGCUGUUGACGGGGACACCACUCCAGAACAAUCUGCACGAGUUAUGGGCUUUGCUCAACUUUUUGUUGCCCGAUGUCUUCAACUCCUCUGAUGAUUUUGAUGGCUGGUUCAACACCCAAAACUGUCUAGGGCAGGAUAACAAUCAGAUGGUGGAGAGAUUACAUGGGGUAUUGAGGCCAUUUCUUUUGAGAAGAAUUAAAGCAGACGUGGAAAAGAAACUUCUUCCUAAAAAAGAAACCAAAAUUUUUGUUGGACUGAGCAAAAUGCAGAGAGAACUCUACACCAAGGUCCUGAUGAAAGAUAUAGAUGUAGUUAACGGUGCUGGGAAGUCUGACAAGAUGCGUCUGCUGAACAUCCUCAUGCAGUUGCGAAAGUGCACUAAUCACCCAUAUCUAUUUGAUGGUCUUGAGCCAGGUCCACCAUACACAACAGAUUACCAUCUUGUAGAGAAUUGUGGAAAGAUGGCCAUUCUGGACAAACUCCUACCUAGGUUAAAAGAACAAGGAUCAAGAGUGUUGAUAUUCAGCCAGAUGACCCGCAUGUUGGAUAUACUGGAAGACUAUUGCUACUGGCGAAUGUAUGAAUAUUGCAGACUGGAUGGCUCAACACCCCAUGAAGAUCGACAGAAAUCCAUUUCCGAGUUUAAUGCUCCUGACAGUUCCAAGUUCAUCUUCAUGCUUUCGACUAGAGCAGGUGGUCUAGGUAUCAACCUGGCUACAGCCGACAUUGUGAUUUUGUAUGAUUCAGAUUGGAACCCCCAGGUGGAUCUUCAAGCCAUGGACAGGGCUCAUCGCAUAGGACAGAAAAAGCAGGUGUGUGUCUUCCGUUUCAUCACAGAAAAUACUGUUGAGGAGCGCAUUGUGGAGCGAGCAGAGAUGAAGCUACGUCUUGACAAUGUCGUCAUCCAGCAAGGCCGUCUGGUGGAUCAGAACACAAAUAAACUAGGCAAGGAUGAAGUGCUGAAUAUGAUUCGCCAUGGAGCAAGUCAUGUCUUUGCUUCAAAGGAAAGCGAGAUAACGGAUGAAGAUAUUGAAACAAUUAUUGUAAAGGGUGAACAGAAGACGGAUGAAUUGAAGAAGAAACUUGAUGAUAUGGGGGAGAGUAGCUUGCGCACUUUUACCAUGGAUACUCCUGAUUCAGUUUACCAGUUUGAAGGAGAAGACUACCGUGAGAAGCACAAACUGGGUACGCUGGGUGGCUGGAUUGAACCUCCUAAGCGAGAGCGCAAGGCCAAUUACGCUGUUGAUGCAUAUUUUAGAGAGGCGCUGCGAGUGAGUGAGCCGAAAGCUCCCAAAGCUCCUAGACCUCCUAAGCAGCCUAACAUACAGGAUUUUCAGUUCUACCCUCCUCGCCUGUUUGAGCUUCUUGACAAGGAGAUUUAUUACUAUCGCAAAUCUAUUGGGUACAGGGUUCCCAAAAAUCCAGAUUUAGGAGCAGACGCCGAUCGUGUCAGAAAAGAGGAACAGGCUCGCAUUGAUGAAUCUGAGCCGUUAACAGAAGAAGAAAUAGCAGAGAAAGAUGAACUUCUUAAGGAGGGAUUUACCAAUUGGACCAAGCGAGAUUUUCAGCAGUUUAUCAAAGCCAAUGAGAAAUUUGGCCGUGAUGACAUCGAGUCCAUAGCCCGAGAGGUUGAAGGAAAAACACCAGAGGAGGUAAUGCAGUAUUCCACUGUAUUCUGGGACCGAUGCAAUGAACUUCAAGAUAUUGAGAGGAUUAUGGCACAGAUUGAACGCGGUGAAGCAAGAAUUCAACGACGCAUCAGCAUAAAAAAGGCUUUGGACGCAAAAAUGGCACGGUACAGAGCUCCCUUCCACCAGUUGCGAAUCCAGUAUGGGACCAACAAAGGAAAGAACUACACUGAGGAGGAGGAUAGGUUCCUAGUUUGCAUGCUGCACAAAUUAGGCUUUGAUAAGGAGAAUGUAUAUGAUGAAUUGCGGCAGGCUGUCCGGCAGGCACCACAGUUCCGGUUUGACUGGUUUAUCAAGUCCCGAACUGCAAUGGAGCUUCAGCGACGCUGUAAUACUCUUAUAACACUUAUUGAGCGGGAGAACAUGGAACUAGAGGAACGUGAAAAGGCUGAGCGCAAGAAGCGUGGUGGGCCCAAGUCCGGGACGCCUAAGAGUGGUCAGAAGCGAAAGGCGGAUGGUACGCCUGACAACCGUGGUCGGCCGAAGAAGAAAAAGUGAAAUAGUGAUGCAUUGACUUAUGCGUUUGAGAUGGUGGUUUUGGAGGGAUUCUGUUACGGAAAGACAUUUGACAGAUGAGAAAAAACAGGCCUUUUCCUUUCUCCCAGUGGUUCUUUGUGAUGAAAACACAUUUCCACAGUCCCCAUUCGUGGAUACAGGAGAACACCAACAAUCUUGGACCAUUUUGAUCAGAGGAUUACCAGGAAUCAUACUCUCAUACUUUUGGUAUUCAUUGUGACAUUCUCUUAAUUCAGGUUUUGUUUUAAUGAUCUGAAAUAAUUUGAUCAUGUUUAACCUCUGGACCAGCGAACUCGGUGGCAUAGAAUGGAGAAAAUGUGAUUGGAAGUAAAGGUUUGUGCAUGUGCAAGAUGCAGAAUAAGAGAAAUUAUUUUAAGCUGGUUUCAGUGGUCUGUAAAAAGGUGAUUUGUAUGUUAGUUUACAAUUUUCACUCCUUUUUUCCAGUGUUCUCAGAAUGUCAGUGUAUGUAUAUUUCAAUUAAAAUAGCUUUGAAAAUCA